UCGGAAGCGGUUGUUCGUGUUUUUGUGUGACUGAAAAGGCGCCGAGGAGAAACCCGCGUCCGUUUUCAGGCUGCUGAAACUUCUCCGGUCCACCUAGUCCGUCCUCAGACCGCCGGGAGCCUCCGGGAGCCGGACUUUAAGCUCCGGACCGGCUGCUGCCGCCGCCCGCCGUUUUUGUGUCUCCUCUGAUGCCAGUUAGCCGUUAGCCGUUAGCCGCUGUGUGUCAUGGCGGCCGGAGGCGGCGCGGCUCCUGCUCACGUCGGUGAUGUUGAAGAAGAUGCUUCCCAGCUGCUGUUUCCUAAAGAGUUUGAGAACGCGGAGACACUGCUGAACUCGGAGGUCCACAUGCUGCUGGAACACAGGAAGCAGCAGAACGAGAGCGCCGAGGACGAGCAGGAGCUGUCCGAAGUCUUCAUGAAGACCCUGAACUACACGGCUCGGUUCAGCCGCUUCAAGAACCGGGAGACCAUCACUGCCGUCCGCAGUCUCCUCCUGCAGAAGAAGCUGCACAAGUUCGAGUUGGCCAGUUUAGCAAAUCUGUGUCCUGAAGCUGCUGAGGAGGCCAAGGCCCUGAUCCCCAGUUUGGAGGGUCGGUUUGAAGACGAGGAGCUGCAGCAGAUCCUGGAUGACAUCCAGACCAAGAGAAGCUUCCAGUACUGAGACCAGGACUGCAGUCUGGGUCUCUGCCCCCCUUCAGGUCCCUGUCCUCCCUGCAGUGUUUAAUUUCUUUCUGACCACUGAAUUGAUCCUGUGAUCUGAUGACAUCACAGUCCUCCAGGUGCUUUAUUGUUCAGCUCAACGUUCCUGACGUCACAAUAAACUUUGUUUCUACA